GGCUAUUUGAAGUACUUGCUCGGUUAUGGGCAGCUUGAUGAGCUCUCAGAAUUUCUGCAAAAUGCUACAGCAGGGCAAUACCUCAACCGAUACCCAUACGCGAACUUUAAUUCUCAUAAUGUAGUUCGCAGCAGCGCUAGGUCACUAUUGCAACUUGCAAUCGAAGCUCUAGAAGAUGACAUGGUGCUUGCUUCAAAACGACAAAGUAAUCAGCCGAUAGAUCAAAUUCAAUUGCAGGUCUGAAAGCCUACAGAUGCAUAGUUCAAACUAUCCCUGGCUAGAAGUAAAAUUUCCAGUGUAACCGUGUACGAAAGCGGCGGAGACCCCAUGUUGAAAUAUGCAGACAUCGACUUUCGAAAAUUAACAGAUUUUCAUGAAAUACGGUUGACACAAAUCGCGAAAGCUCUAAAAGUACGCCAUAAUAUUGCCAACUUAGCGUUGAUACCUGAAAAGUCCUUUAUCAAUUUCCUUGUUCGCUUUUGCAACGACUGCACCUAUAGCGUUCUUGCAGUACUCUGCAGAAAAGAAAAACCUACCAUUCCCAGAGUGCUUUUUUUCCUCACUUCCAUCUGUAUCAUACCGUGGAACCGAAAUUAGCUGUCUCUAGCGCACCUUGGCUCUCAGAGUGAUCAAAAGACAUGCCCCCUUGUAAAGGCCAAAAAAUUGAAGGCACAAAUGUUGUCCCUUUCAUUGAUGGUGGUCAUGUAAAAAUUGCCUGGUCCCUAUGACCAUGCUCAGGAUCGAUGUGAAAUUGCCCGAAACGCUGUUUUCAGUGGUCAUAAGAAAACUUAUAUUCUGAGGUAUCAUGCAGCAAUCGCAUCCGAUAGGCUUUGCAUUGAUCUUUCACGCCCUUCAGCGGGGAUUCGGCAUGAAUCAUUCGUGUUCCUUUACGGUGGCUUGCACAAAAGACUUGAAACUGCAUUGAAUGUUGGCAAUCAACAGUACAGGUUGCAUGGGCGUCCUGCGUAAAAAAGUUCUAACGUUUUGGUACAUGGAUCCCAAGGCCAAAUGCUGACCCCGGACGAAAAAAAGCAGAGCGAGGUUAUGUCAACACCUCGCGUUUCGGUCGAGUGGUUUUUUGCAGUUGUAAAAAACAAUUUCUGGAUCCUCAACGGUAAUGGUGUUCUUAAGGUAGGAGGUGUGAGGGGGUGUGGUGCUUACUUUCCUAUUGUGGUGUUUCGAACAAAUAUCAUGCACUGCUUGGAGAGUUCACAGGCUUCGAGGCACUUCCAAGUCGAACCCCCGACAAUGGAAGAAUACGUGAAUGGAAUUAAGUUUCCUGAAUUCUUUGAAAAUCUUUUGAUUGAUCCUCCCGGAAGCGGUAGCUUCUAUUCGAAACAACAGAAGAGCAUAGAAUUUGACCAGCUGGAUGAACUAAGGAUUUAA